GCUGCCAUGAAUUCUGUAAAUGCAAGUUUAUCCCAGAAUAUUUCCAUUGUCCGUCCUCAAUACUUUUUCAUCAUUGGACUUUCAGGUAAACCAAACAGCAGUUAUUUCUAUAUAUUCUUAUUUCUUAUUUAUUUUAUUACUAUGAUUGCAAACUCUAUAGUCAUUCUCCUUAUAACUCUUGAACGAAGUCUGCACAGUCCAAAGUACAUUGGUGUGUUUAACUUGGCCUUGGCUGAUAUUGGUGAAACUAAUGCACUGAUUCCUAACAUGAUGAAGACUUUUCUCUUUGACUCACAGUACAUCUCCUACAAUGCUUGUUUGGCUAACAUGUUUUUUGUGUUCUUCUUUAGUAGUUUGCAAAGUGUCACUCUUGUUGUUCUGGCAUAUGAUCGCUUCAUUGCAAUCUGUUUGCCAUUAAGAUAUCAUGUCAUAGUGAACAAUACUACUAUGUUUUUAGUUUUCCCUGCAAUAUGGGCAUUUAAUUCUUCUUUGGUGGCCUUGAUGGUGUCUUUGAUCACUCGAAUUUCAUUCUGUGAAUCCACUGUGAUACAGAGUUAUUUUUGUGAUCAUGGACCAGUGUAUAGAUUGGCAUGUAAUGACUAUAACAUUAAUAAGUCAGUGGGAUUUGUCAUCACAUCUUCAUUCCUUAUUGCACCAAUGAUCAUUAUAUUCCUGUCAUAUCUGAGCAUUUUUCUUGCUUUAAGCAAAAUUACAACUUGGGAAAGACGUUUGAAAGCUCUGAAGACCUGUGUUUCUCACCUGUUAUUAGUAGGAAUAUAUUUCUUCCCCAUAUGCUUCACAUACCUUGCCCAGCUCUUGCUUUCUCUCACACCCAAUGCAAGGGUCAUCAGUACAUCUCUGGCAUAUGUUGUUCCACCAAUGCUAAAUCCUAUUAUUUAUGUUUUAAACACAGCUGAAAUCAAAAACUUAUUAAGGAAAAUGCUUAGCAACAAAUCUGCAUCAAUUAGAGAAAACAUUUCAAAAUGA